CAAUCAGUUCCUGUACAGGCGAAAAAUGGCGGCUACUGGAGCCGGGUCUCCCAGCCGCUUGGUCCAGUAUGUGGUUGUCCGGUCAGAUCUGGUUCACAAGCUGUCCUGGCCCCUCGGGGCUGUGAUAACUCAGGCCUGUCAUGCGGCUACCGCAGCUAUUCACCUGCACUACGGAGACCCGGAUACUCAGCGGUACUUGGCAGAGCUGGACACCAUGCAUAAAGUGGUGUUGGGGGUGAGCUCGACACAUCGCACCAAACCCCUCUCAGAAAAGCUGCCUUUAAGAGCUGCUUAGAUUUUGAGGAGGCUUUUUCUUAAUCCUGACUUCUCUUCAAUAACCAUUGUGAUUUAAUGUUUAAUUCGGCAUGAUAAAAUAUAUUUUCAAACCGUUUGUAAAAGCCUUUUCUCCAUUGUAACGUGCUGUGUGGCACUUGCAAAAGACAUGUCAAACUUGAGAUGUUGCGCUUUAAAAUACACGUUUUAUUGUUGUUGCUGUUGUUUGCUGUAAAUGCUGUAUGCCGAAUUUUAUUUAGACUGCUCAAGAAUACGAAUGGUCUUUCAGUGAUGCUGUAACUGGUGCAAUUUUUUGAUAGCAACAAAUAAUGAAAUAACUGCAUUUUAAAUGAAUUAAGGUGGCCUGUAUAAAAACAAGAUCCCUGUCAGUAGCGUUGGUGUAAUUUUGCAAAACCUGUAAAUGAAUGUAAGGAGAGGAUUGUAAGUCAUGUUUUGUUUUCACACAAAUCUUUUACUUUUAAAAUGGUACAUUUGGAAAUUGUAAAGUAUAAUUCCUUUUCUAUAUUCAUGUGUGUAAAUAGAGUUUUACUGUGCAUGAAUUUGUGGAGAGGAUUGUAAGUAAUAUUUUUUGUGACUUAACUCUUACUUUUAAAAAUUGUACAUUUUAAGACUGUAAAGUAUAUUUCCUUUUCCAUAUGUGUGUGUGAGUAAAUAUAGUUUUACAGUUUUAUCCUAUCUAUGCAUGGUCUCUCUCAUGAAGCCCUUAAAUCCAGUAUGAACUAAUUUGGAUCUGUCCUUGGUUAUGAUCCUAUAAUAAUUUAAAUAUGUGUGUAUUCUGUGUUUCCUCCUUGCUAGGCUCCAGAUGAGGCUGCUCUCUCCGGUCUAUCAGAGAACCUAACUCAGGCUGGUGUUGCCCACAAGCUUUGGAUCGAACAACCAGAGAACAUCCCAACAUGUUUGGCUCUAAAGCCGUGUCCAAAAGAGACAGUCCAGCCACUGUUGCGCAAGUUCAAACUCUUCAAAUGAAAGACACGUUCAAACCAUGUUCAAACCAUGAACAGUGCAGGACAACGCCCAUGAAAACACAGGGGCCUUUCAGAAAAUAUCUGCAGUCUCCUUAAUUUAUGGAUGGACAUCUGAUAGUUUGGCUCUUCCUUUCAAACACCUGUUUCUCUGCUAUUAAAGCUAAGGAAAAAUGAAGUUUGGAUUCAUUUAUUCAGAUGUUGUAAUAGCAGUUGCUUAGGAGUAAUUUUUGAUUCAUUAUGUUAGAAAUAUAGGCAUCUUAUUUUUUAUGGCUUGCAAGUUUAUUUUAUUUGUUUCAAUGAGCUUAUAAACCCGAAUUGCUCCAAAUACUUUGGCUGAAGUUUUGUGGUGAUUUAACUACAAAACUCAGUUUCUGGCUUGUGACUGCUUAAAACAAAAGAAACUGUAACUUAAAAAACUGCCAAUAUUUUGGCACACAAACAUUAAGCCUUCAUUGCAGUCUGUCUGCUGCUGUUACAGAGUCCCUGUGCAAACCAAACAAUAACAACUCCAGACCUGACCUAAUAAGAUAGGAGUGCUCCGGAAGUACAUCUGCAAAAUAAAAAGAUCAUCCAUGUAGUGUUGCAAGUGUACCUUAUUUUUUAAUUUAAAUCCUUUUUAUUCUCCCAUUUGUAUCCUUGGAACAGACUCAAAAACAACAUUUUUAAGUGUUUUAGUGAUGUUAGUCCAAACUAUUUAAUCUGUAUUACCAUUUAGCAAACUUUUACUCUUGUCUUGACUCUCUUCUGCCAAAGUGCAGCUCGCAAAGAGUAUAUAUUAUGAAGGACAGCACAACCAAAUGUCUUAAGUGAAACCAAAACAUUCAGAGCGGAUAAACAGAGUCAAAAGUGCAGUAAUUUUUGUUGUUAAUGUAGAGAUAAACUAUCUCGGAUUUCAAGCUGAUGGUACAUAAGGCAGUGUAGGAAUUCCAACUUCAGGGUGACAUAUCUGACAAGUAAAUAAAAUUAUGAUAAAUGUUAAUCAACGACCCCUUUAUCUAUUAUAAAGACAAGACAAUGACAAGCCAAAGUGCAGUAGCAGAAACUCUAACCUAUUGUGUUCUUUCUAAUGUGACAAAGAUGGGAUGAAAAUGUUUUAGAUAGACUGUCUGACAUGAAAAAUCCAUCUUAUUUUUCCCCUCUGUGCAUUUAAUCUAUCACUCAAAAGUACCAGGCUGUUGAGGGGCAUAGCUUUAGCUUGGUCACUUAUCUGCAACAAGUGCACCUUUGGUUCAAAUCCUCUGUCUUUAUACCUCUUUCUCAGUUUAAUUUUAUAGAGGCAGAUAAUAAAAACCUAAAACGGACACAUGAAUUGGCCACAAGCCAUGUACCAAAAUCAUGUUAAGCCCAAGAGAAGCAAAUACUUACACUGAUGUAGCUUUGAAAAAGGGAGCAUCACCUGGAAAGUACAAAACCAGCUAAAUUUCCCCACUAUUUACAGCCAUGUUGUAACAACCUUGUUUACCUUCAUAUAAACGGAGAAAUAAAAGCAAAUUUGGCUUCACAGAAA